CUGAGCUCCGGCUGAGCUGCUCCUGAGACGCGCAGUGAGAGCUCAGCGACGCGGUCAACUCCGACUUUUCCUCGGCUGUCCGCUAAACACAAGAGCUCGACUCCUUUUUAACCGGAUACGAGGGAGACUUUUUUAAAACCAGCGACUUCGAUUCUGCCCGGACUCCUCGGAGAGCGGGAGGGGGAUUAUUUGUUGCGCGGUGUUUGGAGACGCUGCGUGUGUUGGGGGAAGUUUAAAUCCCCAGGCUGACCGGGGGAAAGGUGAGACCGGUGAAACUUCACAGUUUUCGGGACUGUCCCGUUUGUUGAGGAGGACUUUUGUUUUGAAUCAUAUCGGACUCUGGGAGUAUUUAAUCUGCCCGUGCGGUGGUUGUAUUCCGCUCAGCUUCAGCAGCAUGUCAGACAAGUGUUGCGCUGCCUAACCAGUUCAUCCAGCUCGGCGGGGGGAGUUUCGGCUGCUCCGUGACUGACUUCCAGGUAAACCACAGGAGAGGUUUACCGCUCCUCCACUGCGUCCCUGUCAGAGCCGCUACACAAUAAUGGCAGGUCUGAGCAAUGCCCACAUGAAAACCCUGGAGGAUCUGACGCUGGACUCGGGCUACGGGGCGGGGGACUCCUGCAAAUCCCUCAGCCUGUCCUCCUCCAAGUCCAACUCCCAGGCCUUCAUGACGGCCCCUCACCGGGGGAACUGGUGGUACUACUCCGGCUCCAUGAACAGCAGGAACAACAGCUGGGACACAGUCAACACCGUCCUACCCGAGGACCCGGAGGACAUCUUCUCCAAGUGCCCCCGCUUACCUGAGCUGGAAGAGUUCCCCUGGACCGAGGAGGAGGUGGCCAAGAUACUGCGUAAAGUGGCGGAGAGUGGGACUUUUAAAUGGGGGCCCGCACCUGUGUUCUCCCCGGAGGCCGUGAGGCGGCUGUCGGCUCUGCUCCGCAGGGCUCUGAUCCGGGUCUCCAGGGAGGCUCAGCGGCUCAGCGUCAUGCACUGCCGCUGCACACGGUUCGAGGUGCAGAGCGCCAUGAGGCUGGUGCUCAGCUGGGCCCUCGCCGACCACUGCGUGUCCAACACGGUCAAGGCCAUCUCCAUGUACAGCAUGAGCGCAGGGGAGCUGCUGAGGAAAGGCAAGUCCGCCCGCUGCGGCCUCACCUUGUCCGUGGGCCGCUUCUUCCGCUGGAUGGUGGACACGCGCAUCUCGGUGCGCAUCCACGAGUACGCGGCGAUAUGCAUGACCGCGUGCGUGGAAGCUCUGGUGGAGGAGAUAGGAGCCCGCGUGCUGAUGGCCGAGAGGGGUCACGCGGGGCCGGACUCCGGGUCAGGAUGCGCCCCGGUGAGCGCGGAGGCCCUGGAGGGGGUGGUGAACAACGACGCGGAGCUGUGGGGGGUCCUGCAGCACUACGAGCACCUGAUCUGCGGGAAGAACGCCAAUGGUGUUUUGUCUCUCCCGGCCCAUUUCAGUCCCUACACGGAGAACCAGCAGACGUCCGUGGACAGCAGGGAGGACGCGUACGCCCAGCUGGAGCUGAGGACGCUGGAGCAGUCCCUGCUGGCUACCUGUGUGGGCAGCAUCUCAGAGCUCAGUGACUUGGUGUCCCGUGCGAUGCACCACAUGCAGCGGCUGAGCUCGGUGCGCCCCGGGAUGAGCCCUGCCCGCCACGCCCGUCCCCAGCAGCACGUGUCCUGGUCGCCUGACGCGCUCCACACCCUUUACUACUUCCUGCGCUGCCCGCAAAUGGAGUCCAUGGAGAAUCCAAACUUAGAUCCCCCGCGCAUGGCGCUCUGCAAAGAGAGGCCUUUUCUGUUGCUGCCUCCUCUGAUGGAGUGGAUGAGAGUGGCCAUAGUUCACGCCGAGCAUCGCAAGAGUCUCCUGGUGGACAGUGAUGACGUCAGACAGACCGCCAGGCUUCUCCUGCCGGGACUGGACUGUGAGCCGAGGCAGCUCAAACCUGAAUGCUGCUUCAGCUCCUUCAAGCGUCUGGACUCCAAGGCUGCCACGGAUAAGUUCCACCUGGACCUGGGUUUCCGGAUGCUCAACUGUGGACGCACGGAUCUCAUCGGCCAAGCCAUCGAUCUGCUGGGGCCGGACGGCGUCAACAGCAUGGACGACCAGGGUAUGACCCCUCUGAUGUACGCCUGCGCAGCUGGAGACGAGGCCCUGGUCCAGAUGUUGAUUGAUGCUGGGGCAAACCUCGAUGUGGCGGUUCCCCCGUGCUCCCCUAAACACCCCUCUGUGCACCCCGACAGUCGACACUGGGCCGCCCUCACGUUUGCAGUGCUGCACGGACACAUCUCUGUCGUUCAGCUCCUGUUGGAUGCAGGGGCCAACGUGGAAGGGGCGGCGGUCCGCAACGGGCAGGAGAACACGGCGGACACCCCCCUGCAGCUGGCUUCGGCAGCAGGCAACUAUGAGAUGGUGAGUUUGCUCCUGGCGCGGGGCGCUGACCCCUUAUCAAAGACCCGCGACGGAAAUGCCCUGACCUCGUCCCUCUACGAAGACAUGAACUGCUUCAGUCACGCUGCUGCACACGGCCACAGGAACGUGCUGAGAAAGCUACUGACUCAGCCCCAGCAGGUCAAAGAGGAUGUCCUGUCUCUGGAGGAGAUCUUGGCCGAGGGGGUGGAAGAUGAGAUUGCUGGGAUCUGCCCUUUCCUCCCUCUCUCCCCCCUGCAAACCCCCUCCAACGGGCCCAUGGUGAUGCCGGAGGUGGGCAUACCGAAGCUCUGCAAGGCCAGGAUGAAGGCUCUGCAAGAAGCCAGCUACUACAGCGCCGAGCACGGCUACCUGGACGUCACCGUGGAGCUGCGUGCCAUGGGCGUACCAUGGAAACUACACGUAUGGCUGGAGUCUCUUCGUUGCGCCCAGCAGCAGUCCAGGGCGGGGGUCACCCUCUCCCUCCUCAGGGACUUCACCACCAUCAGAGAGGAGGACUACUGCGAGGAGCUGGUCACCACGGGCCUCCCCCUCAUGUUCACCAUCCUGCGUACCACCAAGAAUGACGCCAUCAUUCAGCAGCUGGCAGCUAUUUUUAGUCACUGUUUUGGCCCGGCGCCGCUUCCAGCCGUCCCUGAGAUGAAGGCAACUCUUUCAGCGCAGUUGGACCCUCACUUUCUGAACAACAAAGAGAUGUCAGACGUGACUUUUGUGGUGGAGGGGAAACCAUUCUACGGACACAGAGUUCUCCUGAUCACCGCCUCCGACAGAUUCAAGUCUCUGCUGGCGUCUCCUGGACCAGACGGAGGCGCCAACAAGGAGAUCGAGAUCAGCGACAUCAAGUACAGCAUUUUCCAGAUGAUGAUGUCAUACCUGUACUGUGGAGGAACUGAGUCACUGAGAACUAAUGUAUCGGAUCUGUUGGAGCUUUUGUCGGCUGCGAGCAUGUUCCGGUUGGGGGCGCUACAAAGACACUGUGAACUCAUCUGCUCUCAGCACAUAAACCUGGAUAACGCAGUCAGCAUCUACAAGACGGCCAAGGCGCACGGUUCGGUGGAGCUGGCCUCGUUCUGUGAAGGUUACUUCCUGCAGCAGAUGCCGGCGCUGCUGGACAGAGAGGCUUUCAGGGGCCUGCUGCUGGGACCCGCCGGGGCCCGACAAGGGAACAACUCCACUAACACGCUGACCCACCACCGGGGAGACACGCCUCUGGAGGAGCUGGAGGCCACGCUGGCUCGACGACUACGUUCUCUUUACGUCACCUCCCGGGUCUGAAGGCUGCGUGGACGCUGCAGGGAGACGACAGAAACAAAUGGAGGGAGAGGACGUUUCAUCUCAUUCCUGAUCAGAUCAUUAGCAGCGGUUUGAGCUGAAUACACACGGACACCUAUUAGGAACAUUUGACGCCGCCGUCCCUGUGUUUGACACUUGGAGAAGUUUGGUCUCACACAUAAGAGUCGUGGACAGUUUAGUGUUUGUGAUGCUUUCCCUCCAGGGCUCAGGAAGCUCAAACGGAGGAGCAAAAGAUGGAUGCAACAAGUGGCAAAACGUCUGAACAAUGAACCGCUGCUGCCCUCUGCUGGACAAAACUGCCAAAGUUAAACACUUGCCUUGGAGGAUUGGGAUAGUGGGGCCCUGCUGGUCCCACAGAAGCUAUGUAAAGUGUUAAGAGACUGACUUUGUGCUCUACAGACUCAUUCUGCAGAGUGGGAGGAAGGAGGCAGCGUCAGCGCCUCCUGUCUUCAUGUAAACAUUUAAUUUUUUAUUUUUUAACGUAACUGUAUGGUUUUAUUUUUCCUUUUUAAACGUAUGACCGGAGUUAUAAAAAACACUUUCUGAAGAGUGGGAUGGACAUUUUCUAUUUAAAGAGAAAAAAGAUGUGAGAGUAUUUAAUGGGGUGUUCCCUUUUUUAUUUUGUUUUUAAUCCAAGCAAAUUAUUAAUAUUAUUGUUAAAAAAAAUGAAAAUAAAAUGCUUCCGUUGUUUUUCCAGGUACACUCUAACAGUUAAUUAAGCUUAUGUGUAUGCUGAGGUUUAACGCUUCUACACAACAGGCAUAGCAGUUCAUCCCGACACAGGACAAAGUGUGUUUUAAUUGCUGAAUAUUGUAAUAAACCUGGUAAACAAA